CCCCGAUGAAUUAAACGAAUGACUUACUUGUAAUAGAACGCGCCUUUGUCAGAGUAAUGAUUGUUGACGAACGUGGAAAACGUUACAAACGUGGAAAGGGAACCUGUUGUUUUUGACAGGAUGUCAGAGGACUCUGUAGUUCGUUUCCUGAAAGAGGAUUUGCCAAAAUGCGCAUUUCCGAUAUUUGAAGAUAUACGAAGACAGGGAAAACUUUGCGAUGUGACGCUAAAGGUAGGAGAGAGGAAGUUCACGGCUCAUCGAAUCGUUCUGGCAGCCAGUAUUCCAUAUUUCCACGCGAUGUUUACACAUGACAUGGUGGAAUCCAAACAGAAUGAAAUCACGAUGCAAGGCAUUGACCCUGGUGCAUUGGAAGCUUUGGUGAAUUUUGCAUACAAUGGCAGUGUAGAGAUUGACUCCAACAACGUUCAAUCUCUGUUAAUCGGAGCCAGUUUUCUCCAUCUACAGUCCGUCAAAGAGGCGUGUUGUGAUUUCCUGAAAAAAAGUUUACAUCCAACAAAUGUUCUGGGAAUCCGGUCGUUCGGGGACCAGUUUAUGUGUCAGUCCUUGGUGGAGUUUGCAAAUAAAUACAUACAGAAACAUUUCAGGGAGGUCAUGGUCACAGAAGAGUUCCUCAAUCUCAACAAGGGAGAGAUUAUGGAGAUUAUAUCUCGAGAUGAACUCAAUGUUGAGUCAGAAGAACAGGUUUUUGAAGCCUUUCUGACCUGGAUCAAGAGAGAUGAGGAUAAGAGGCGAGCGGCUUUGCCGGAGUUGAUGGUGAAAGUGAGGCUGCCACUGUUAACGCCACAAUAUUUAUCUGACCGAGUGGCAACAGAAGAUUUGGUCAAAAACUGUUUAAAAUGCAGAGAUCUGUUAGACGAGGCCAAAGAUUAUCAUUUGAUGCCCGAGAGACGAUCGCUGAUGCAGACCUUUAAGACACGCCCCAGGUGCUGUACGGAUGUGCCAGGACUGAUCUAUGCAGUAGGCGGACUCACGUCAUCAGGUGACUCCAUGAGUACAGUGGAGUGUUAUGACCCCAUCACAAACAUUUGGAAUUCUGCAGAAGACAUGAAGACUGUGAGGAGUCGUGUAGGGGUUGCUGUGUUAAAUGGCCGACUGUAUGCUAUUGGCGGAUUUGAUGGAGAAGAAAGAUUGAGCACUGUAGAAGUAUUUCACCAGAGUAACAAGAAAUGGAAGAAAGUGGCCUCCAUGAAUUGUAAAAGGAGUGCUCUUGGAGCAGUAGCACUGAGCAGGAAGCUGUAUGUGUGUGGGGGAUAUGAUGGAGUAUCCUCACUAAAGACAGUGGAAGUCUAUGACCCGGAGCAUGAUUUAUGGACUCUUCUAUCGAACAUGUUGAAACACAGAAGUGCAGCCGGGGUGGCAUUUUUAGACGGAGAAAUUUACGCCUGUGGAGGGCAUGAUGGCCUUUCCAUCUUCGACUCGGUUGAGAAGUAUAGCACGGCUACAAACACCUGGAGUUAUGUGACCCCAAUGUUAACAAAGAGAUGUCGACUAGGAGUUGUCUCCCUUAACGGGAAGUUGUACGCAGCCGGUGGGUAUGACGGGUCUGUAUUCCUGAACACGGUAGAGUGUUACGACCCAGUCAGAGAGUGUUGGACAUAUAUUACGUCUAUGAGAGUCAGACGAAGCAGAGUGGCUCUGGUAGCUACCUAUGGUAAACUUUUCGCCAUUGGUGGAUAUGAUGGACUGGCUAAUCUGAACUCCGUGGAGAUGUAUGACCCCGAGAAGGACACGUGGAAGUUUGUGCAGAGUAUGUGUGCACAUGAAGGUGGGGUGGGUGUGGGGGUUGUACCAGUGGAGGUUGAUCUAGAUAUGUGAUGAUUCGAGCAUGCGAUGCGUGUCCUGUUGUAUUCAUAGAAUCCAUUGUUGUGUUUUACUCAUUAGAUGAAGUCAAACUAAUCACAAAUUUUGUUUGUAAAAUUAAAUCUAAUUAUAGACUAGUAGUAGUUUUGGUGAGAAAAAUCUCAGAGAGAUUUCAAAUGUUGAGAAUAUUUGCUGUAGUUGUAAACCUGUAUGUCAUAUAAGUUCAUGUCUAGAACAAAUGUCGAAAUUGUAGAUUUAAAAAUAUGUAUGCACACAUGGUGUACAUGUAUGUUUGCAGACCUUUAGUAAUGAGAUUGUCUUAACAGUGGACCAAAAUGAAUUGAUGAAUCUGAUACAAUUUUGUAUGAUUUGGGUACUUUAUCUUAAUCUACAAUGUAAUGUAUGUGUUCACAGUAUGAAAGAACUGAUGUAUAGCAUGAAUUGAAAAGAAACAAUGUUUUGCAUUUGAAAUUACACAUACUGUAUUGGUGAUCAAGAAAUAUUCUAGUCUGAACAAGCUUAAGUUUAUAGUUAUACUCUCUACCCAUCAAGUUGUUUUUCAGGGAGGUAUAUAGUAGUCACCAUGUCAAUCAUUCUCUCAUAGUAGUAAAUAGAAUGUGUUUGAAUAUACCCCGUGUAGGUAUUAGUCCUGGGUUUUUUAAUAGAAACCAGUGCGAGUUUGUGUCCAUUUUUCUGCUUAAACGUGGCCGUCGUGGUACAAACCCUAUAGUUUGUUGAAUCUUUGUGUCAGUCUCUCAGUUAAUUUAAAGUUUUGCGUCCAUAUUUUUUUCAUUUACAAAUUUUUUAUGAUGAAAUGAAAAUGACAAAUGUUUAUAUUGAAGGAUUGAAGGCAAUUUGACAGAUGUUAUGCAAUUUAUUUUUUUAAAAACCUGUUAGUAUUAGAAAUGUUAUUGGGAUGUACUUGUAGGAUUUCAUGAAAGGAAAUUCUGAUGAUACUACUUACAUGAUUUGAUUGAUUUCGGCUUCUUCUAUAGUAAGAGCACUGAGAAUCAGAAUAUGACAAAUCGUGUGUAUGAAUGAAGCAUCACGUACAAGGCAUUUUUAUACUGAAUUGUGACUACAAAUCAUCUCCAAGGCAUUCCUUACUCACAUGUAAAGCAGGCAAUGGUAAGAGAACUUACAAGGGUGUCAAGAUGAACAUUUUUGGUAGUUAUUUUUAUCGGACAUGAAUUAUUGGGACGAAAUAUUGUAUUGCAUUUUAUGAAUAGGAACAAAAAUUGUUUGAUUUCAGCCUAUGCUUUUGCAUGCAUUUUGAUACAACCUUUGACAUAAUUGUAACAAACAUCUCUUUGUAAUUAGUAUAUUCACAUGGACAUUGUUUUAGAGAUCUGAUGAUAAUCAGUAUUUUUAGUGAACACUGGAUGUUAGGCCAACAGAUUACACUAAAACAUGUACUAAGAAAUUACAAGACUGAUUUCUGUAGAUAUUAGUGUGAACUUGUUAAUGCAAGAUGAGCGAGCGUUACUUUUGUACAUUUUAUUGAUUUUAGUAGCAUUAAAUAAUCUGGUCAGAUUGAAUCCACAAUAGGAACUGCAGAUAAAUUGAAUAACACAAAUAUUUGUCUGCAAACACGUGUAGUUAAUUAUUUAAUGUCUGUAUUUUUAUUCUUUGUAUUGAUAAGUUAUAAAUUAUAGUUGAUUAAGGUUUUAUUUUUACACAAGCUUUCUUGACAGUUCUGUGUGGAAAACUUUGACCUCAAAAUUUAGAUUUUUAAGUCAACCAUAUUUUGGCAUCAGAUGAUCUAUUGAUGAAAGAAAAAAAGACAAUUUUCUGUUUGGAACACUUGAUAUACUUAAUUGAUUAUAAAGAAAAUUUACGCAAGUUUCAAAUAGAGAUCCUUCAUGUAAACUCAAAUACUGCAGACAAGCUGUUUAAAUACCGCAGACAAGCUGUUUAAAUGAUGCCGCAGACAAGCUGUUUAAAUGAUGCCGCAGACAAGCUGUUUAAAUACCGCAGACAAACUGUUUAAAGGAUGCCGCAAACAAGCUGUUUAAAUGAUGCCGCAGACAAGCUGUUUAAAUACUGCAGACAAACUGUUUAAAUGAUGCCGCAGACAAGCUGUUUAAAUGAUGCUGCAGACAAGCUGUUUAAAUGCAUGGCUACAACAGAAUGAUAUGUAAAGGGGGAAACUGAUAAAUGUAAAUAUUCCUCGUAGAACUAAGAAAUGCAUAGGAGUCUAACUAUACUGAUGCAGUUGUGUUCACAUCUCCAUUGCUACUUUCUUCUCACCAUGUGAUACAUGUAGUUCAUAAACCUCUCAUUUUAUGACCUGAUGCAUUUUAUUCGUUAUUAGUAUUGUGCAAUAUGUUUUAAUUUUGUAUGAGUUUAUAAUAGAUGUAAUGACAAGAGUAUGGGAUUUUUUAAAAGUGAUAUUAAAUGCAGUAUUAAAAUCUGAA